CUGGUUCUCUGGCCACUGAUGGUUUUUGUUGGUCGAAUGAUUUUGUGUCAAAUCAGCUCGAAAUUUGAACUGAGGCGUUUUUGUCGCACAACAGGAACUUCCGCUCUUUUGAAACUCAGCCAACUGAAGGCUGAUGAUUUGGGAUUUAUUGAUUCAAUUUCAGUUGAGGAAAUCGGUGGUUCUCGGGUCACUGUGGUGAGAAGUGAAGAAGGUGGUAACAAGAUAUCCACUGUGCUUCUACGAGGAAGUACUGAUAGUAUAUUGGAUGAUCUUGAAAGAGCUGUUGAUGAUGGGGUGAAUACAUAUAAGGCAAUGUGCAGGGACAGUCGGAUGGUUCCUGGAGCUACAACUACUGAAAUUGAGUUGGUUAGAAGAUUGAAAGAAUUCUCCUUUAAGGAAACAGGAUUGGAUCAAUAUGCCAUUGCUAAGUUUGCUGAAAGUUUUGAAAUGGUACCAAGAACCCUCACAGAGAAUGCUGGACUCAAUUGAAUGGAUAUCAUAUCUAAGCUGUAUGAAAAGCAUGCAUCUGGAAAUACCAAAGUGGGCAUCGACUUGAAGGGAAGGCUGUUGCGGAAAUCGUAACUAGAAGACAUUUUGAUACACAUAUCGAGUCGGAGAUGAUUUCUGCUAUUGCAGAACUUGAAAGUAAUAGACAGCCUCUUGCCAUGCAAUAUGAUAAGAAAGCCAAGGUAACUACGGUAGGAAUCAUGCAGAUUUUCCCAACAACUGCAGAGUGGUUGGUCAGGUACAAUUUUAUAUUUUCUAGUGUAGCUGCACUGGAACUAAGCUAACCCUGCUUUGGAUUAUGAAGUUCUAGUUUGAAAAUUCCUGUAGGGAAUGUCAUAUUUCAUUGUACAAAGUUGAAGAGGAUCCGGAUAUUCUAUAUAGCCCUUUGUAAAUGUAUAUUUCGGAGCAACCUACCUUAAAUGGUUAUCAAACUUCGAAAACAAGUGAGCUUUCAGGGAAGAACUUGGA